UAUAUAGGAGGAGGACGGAGCUUGUCGGUCGGUCGGUCGCCCUCGCGCGUCAGGCACGUCGCAACCCCUAACACCGUAGUAUCGCAGGUCGCCGGGUCUCCCGACCAUGAGAAGAGGAGCGUCGGGUGCCGUCGCCGUCGGCCGUUAUCACGAGACGUCGUCUCCGCCAGCGUCUAUAUCGUACGCGUCUACAUCACCGCCUUGGUCGGACCAGAAAUAAAAGGCCGGCGUCUGGAAAAUUGCCGUCAAGGACCGGACGCACGCGAGAAAACCGGUGACACGGACCUCUUCCGGUGUGUGAUCUUGCGGCCGCGGAAGAAAACAAAAGAAGAGAAGGGAGAGAGAGAGAGAGAGAGAGAGAGAGAGAGACGCGGAGAAGCCGGGUCGGCAAUUCUCUUUCUCGAGAAUUGCACGGAUCGAGAGAGAAAGGAAGGGGGUGGUGAUUAUAUGCGGCAUGCGGUCUUGAAAGCACGCACGAACAGGUGGCGAGGCGGGAUCAUCCUCGCGGAGGACUCGGUGGCUGGCGAAAAAGAGGGUGAAGGCGGGAAGAGCAGAAAUACGACACGCGUGUGCGACAAAAUACGCGCAGAUUUGCAGACGCAACGACGGCACGGCUUCUGAUGAAUCUGCGCGAACCGACGAUCACGUCCCCGGAACUGAUCGAGGUGCAUUCUCGGCGCUUAACGUCGAGGCGUCGUUUUCUACACUACUAGAACCCGAACAAGGUAACUUGGACAAUCAAUCACCGCUGUGAAGAUCAACUGUGGGGAGGCACCCUUCUGGUCACGACCUGCAUCAUGCUCAGUCCUAAGAUGCAAAAAACUGUGAGGGUAAAUGACUCCCAGCUGGUCAUGCUCUCAGAGAAAGCACAUUACGAUCAUUCGCUGUCAGGAUAUUUGUACAAGCGGACAGCUGAUUCCACCAAGUGGCAACAACGAUGGUUCGUUCUCUAUCAGAAUCUGCUAUUCUAUUACGAGAACGAGACUUGCUCACGACCCAGCGGCGUCGUUCUGCUGGAAGGCUGUUAUUGCGAUCGACUCAUCACCGCCAAAGGCAAAGAGCCGGAUAAACAGCACUGUUUCGCGAUAUCGUACAGGAGGGAGAACCAACGGCAAUACGAGCUAAAAGCACCCACAGAGACGGACUGCAAAACGUGGAUCGAUGCGAUACGAGAAGCUAGCUUCAACAAAUUGUUGCUACAAAAGGAGGAGCUCGAGCAAAAGCACCUGCACCUGUUGCAAAUCGUCGAGAGCGAGAAAACGGCCAAGUGGCAGUACACUCAGCAAUGCGAGGAAUUGGCGUCAGAAAUAAAAAAGCUCCGAGCGGAGCUGUGCGCCUUGAAAAAGGAGCUGAGGCCUUCCGUGAUACCGAUAUACUCGAACCGGCCGGCGGUUCAAAGAACCAUGUCCCAGGGUACCGGGACCUUGUUCCAUCCGUACGGCAGCAGUGCUCAUAUUUCCAGCGGCUGCUUCGCCCCCGGUUUACGCGAGAUCUCGGAGGGUUCCAUCGAGAUGCAAAAGGUGAAGAAGGUCCAGAGCUUCUUCAGGGGCUGGCUGUGCCGACGGCGCUGGAAGCAGAUUGUUGAACAGUACAUCAAGAGCCCGCAUGCCGAGAGUAUGCGCAAACGGAACAGCCUGGUAUUCCAAAUGGUGGAGGCCGAAGAGGAAUACACGGAGCAGAUGGAGAUUUUAGUAAGCUGUUUUCUGAGGCCUUUCAAGAUGGCUGCUAGUUCAAAAAAACCCCCAUGUAGUCACGAGGACGUGAAUAGCAUAUUUUUGAAUAGUGAAACCGUGCUGUUUCUCCAUCAAAUCUUCCUGAAGGGUCUCACCUCGCGUAUGGAGAGCUGGCCCACUUUAGUUUUAGGUGACUUGUUCGACAUGCUGCUACCGAUGUUAUCCAUAUAUCAAGAGUACGUGCGAAACCACCACUAUAGCCUUCAAGUGUUGACUGAGUGCAAGCAAUCGUCACCGUUCGUGGCGUUGCUCAAUAGGUUGGAGAACAAGACUGCCUGCCACGGACGAUCCCUGGAGACCUUUCUAACAUAUCCCAUGCAUCAGAUUCCAAGAUAUAUUAUUACUUUGCACGAGUUAUUGGCGCAUACGCCGUAUGAUCAUGUGGAACGUAAGAGCCUCCAGAAUGCCAGGCAACAGCUGGAGGACCUCUCGAGACAAAUGCACGACGAGGUUAGCGAGACUGAAAAUUUGAGGAAAAAUCUAGCAGUGGAGCGAAUGAUUAUCGAGGGAUGCGAUAUCUUAUUGGACGUUAAUCAGGUCUUCGUCAGACAGGGUACGCUGAUACAACUCGUAGACAAACCGCGCGGUGCGCGAAGCAGAUUAAGUGCUACUUUCGGCGGCAAAGCCGCGAGCGACAAGGAGGCCGUUAGACAGUGCUUUCUCUUCUCGAAUCAUCUGUUGCUCACGACGCGCCAAUCCGACGACGAUGGCCGCUUGAAUCUGGUCCCGCAGAUUGGCAAAAUACCCCUUUCCGAUGCGGUGCUGAUUGAGGAUCCGAGCGAUCAGGGUGUUUUAGACGACGAUGGACUGUCAGUAUGUUCGAUGUCAAGCGGCAUUAGCGAGAGCAGCGGAAGCGGUAGCGGCAGUGGGACUUCCCAAUUGCAAAAUCGCGACUUCAAAAUUGUGCUCGAUAUAAAAUCCAGUAGCUCGCAGGUGACCGUUCAUUUAGUGGCGCCUACCAUGCAAGAAAAAGCGGCGUGGGUCAGCGAUAUCAGUCAGUGUAUGGACAAUGUACACUUUAACGAUUUGCUCCACGGAUCGUUGUCGGACACCAGCUCUGUGACGAUGCCGCACUCCAUCCGGAACGAUCCUAAACUAUUCAAGGACGACGUGGAUAUCAGGUUUAGCCGUACUUUAAACUCUUGUAAAAUACCGCAGAUCCGUUCCGCGACACCCGAGCGGCUGCUGCAGCGACUGACCGACCUCAGGUUCCUUAGUAUCGAUUUCCUCAACACAUUUUUGCUGACGUACCGGGUGUUCACCGAUGGCGUCACGGUACUAGAAGCUCUCAAGAAAGUUUUCUACGAAGCCGAACCACCAGAUUCGCAACUCCCUCCUACUGGAUCUCUCGUAUCCUUAGAUGUACUAGGAGCAAAUGCAAGUGAAUUACAAUUGUACUCCGAGGAUCGAAGGAAAAGUAGCCUUUCACCGAGACGAACUAGUGGCGCAAGCUCAGUAUCAGGAUAUGGAUCAGAAGUGAGUGAUACUCGUGACGUGAAAUCUACUGAUGCUAAUACCAGCGGAUAUAACUCGAAAAGUCACUGGCGGUCUGGUUAUAAGAAGUUGGAGGAAGAACAAUCGCUCGGACUCAUUUCCGAAACUCCGGUCAUAAAACGCAGUCCAACAUCGCAAGUCGCCAGUUCAGCCAGCUCGAUGCAAUCUCCGAUUAUGCCACGAAAAAUCAGCAUUCGUGUAGAUAAGGAAGAGGAUGACGGAUGCCACCUAACGAUACCGAAAGUAAUAGCUGUGUCGUCCAGUUCCGAGACACUCACAGACGUUACAGCAAUCAGCGCACCAUCCUCGCCAAGCAAUUUAAGUUCUGUGACGCUAAUUGGUUCGACGGAAUCCGGGUCCGGAUCCGGAUCUGGGUCGGAUCCAAGUCCUCAAGAAGGAGGUACUUACUCACGUCGUGUCUCGGAAAUUGACACACCUGUCACAAAUGAAAAGGAAAAAGCACAAUUUACUUAUGACGACAUACCAUCAUCGAUCGAACCUGCCAAAUCAGACACUCCAAAAACACCGAAGACACCAAAAACGCCAAAAACACCGGACACUCCGAGAACACCGAAAACUCCGGACACUCCGAUAACGCCGAAAACACCGAAAACACCGAAAACUCCGAAAACACCAGACACGCCGAGAACGCCGGAAGCGUCAAAAACGCCGGACACGCCGAGAACACCGAAAACACCGAAAACACCGAAAACGCCAGUCUCUCCGCUGACAAAGGAUGCCAAGGAUGGUAAAGAAGAGCAGGCUUCGUCGACCGACGAAGAUAGUGUAACUUCUCCUAAACCAAGCAACCAAUUGGCACAACCGAAUCAGCAGCAACAGUACUCGGAGCAUAGGGCAUCUAUAGCUUCCGCACCAGCAGCCACCGGAUUAAGAAGUGGCUCGGUCUCCACCAUAACUGGCAACUAUUGGGCAAGUAGACGGUCGAUGCAUGACGAAAGCUCUUCGCAACAGAGUAGCUAUCAGCAUGAUGCACAGGUUUCCAGCAAAGCUGGCGUGGUAAUAACUAGCUUCCGCCAGAGUCAUCGAAGCAUUGGACCUGAACCUAUUUGGAGCAGCACGUCUACGGCGGCGACGGCGUUUGCCAUCGCAACCUCCGCCUCGAGCAAUCCACCGGACAUUCGGCCCUCUACCGCGAAUGACCGUGGUCGAGAUAGGAACAGGCGGAAGGAGUCAGUAAUGUCGACUGCCGCGACGAUGAGGGUGCUGAACGUCUUGAGACACUGGGUGUCCAAGCACGCCCAGGACUUCGAGAUGGAUCAGAAAUUGAAGAGCAUGACGAUCGAGUUCUUGGAGGACAUUAAUUACAGUCCCAAUCUGUUACCAGCCGAACACAAGGCGGCUACUCAGCUUCUUAGAUUGAUAACCAAAGAAGAAAGCGACACCAACAAGAUCGACUUGAAGAGGCUGCUGACUCCACCAGUAAUUCCAAGUAAAGAAAGCAUCGAGACAUUGUCUGCACUUGAAAUCGCAGAACAAAUGACUUACCUGGAUCAUCAAAUAUUUGUUUCUAUCACCAGCGAAGAAUUUCUUGGGCAAGCAUGGAUGAAAACGGACAAGGCGACACGUGCACCUCAUAUUCUUCUCAUGACGAAGAGAUUUAACGAGGUGUCACAGUUAGUUGUCUCCGAGAUUAUUCGUCGUUCCAACAUGUCGUCCAGAGUCGCGGCUAUCGAAAAAUGGGCAGCAGUCGCUGACAUUAAUAGGGUACUGCAUAAUUACAAUGGCGUAUUGCAGAUUUGUGCGGCGUUCACAAACAGCAGUGUGUACAGGCUGAAGAAAACUUGGGAUAAAGUUUCCAAAACGACAAAGCAGACGAUAGAGAGACUGCAACAUAUCGUUUCAUCCGAUGGGCGCUUUAGAAAUUUGCGGGACGCCUUGCAUCGAUGCGAUCCACCUUGUAUCCCUUACUUAGGUCUUUAUCUUACUGAUCUUUCGUUUAUCGAAGAGGGUACUCCAAACGUUACCGAGGGUCUUUUGAAUUUUUCGAAAAUGCGAAUGAUUUCUCAUGUAAUCCGCGAGAUACGGCACUUCCAGCAAACUCCCUAUAAAAUUGAAUUAGUCACUAAGGUAACCAACUACCUGCUGGAUACGUCGCUCCUGCUGAACGAAAAGGAUCUAUAUCGCAUGUCCUUGGAGCUCGAACCCAGAACGUCCAGAUUGAGUAGUUCUGCCUUGAUCGAUCUACCAUCUUCGGUCAGCAACGUGUCUACAAAAUAAAUUUGUUUUGUGAAGCAACUCAACUCCUUCGUUCCACAAUGAAUCGAAAAGAGAAGUCUAGGUUUGAAAAGAAUUUACUAUUUAUUGCGCGAUUGGCCGAUCGUUACGACGAUCGCGAAUGCGUGACUCGUCGUGUUAUCAGCCCCGUCCAGUUCUGUCCAUCUUUGCUUAUAACGUAACGUCCGUUAACUUCCGUUGUCGUUUUAUUUAUGUAAGAUUUAUAUAAAUAAGCUCAACAAUGAUCUCAUUGUCGCACAGAAUCGACCUCUGAUUUGCGGAAGAAAAUUUAUCGUUAUUAUUUAAUAAAUGUAGCAAUUAUACAAAAAAAAAAAAUAGCGAAACAUUGAACGAAACUUCUCAACGGAAUUUCCGUGUUACCAGAACUGCUGUCGCAGUUUCUUUUAACUACUUUUUUCCCUCAUUAUUACUACAGCUGAUUCUAUUCUUUUAAAUUUUAAAAUAACAAAUGUUCUAUUUCUAUAGUAAUUUAAAGUUGCAGUUGGAGAGAACUGACAAACGAGAUCGCAGAUCUUAGCAAAAGCAUUUGAUAGUAACGUGUACAGAUUCUAGAGAAUUAAAUACGCCAUUGUAUAUAAAAAUUUGCUGAAAAUAAGAAAAUGACAAAAUAUUAAUUAAUAAUAAAUGUAGAAAGAUUCUCUCGUAACGAUACGUUUAUGCUAAAACUCUCCAUGUCGUUGAAGAAAUUAUAAUCUUAUUCAAAAGUGCGGUCAGCUUGAUCUGUUCGAUAAAUAAUUUUUCACAGAAUACUUGAAUUUUUUUUUACAAAAAACAGGCUGUUGCUGACACUGACAAAAUAAUUUCAAUGAAGGCGACAAAAAAUUGGUUUUAGUUUAGCCAAGCUCAAUCGAGCCAGUAUUAUUGCGCGAGGCGUAUAAGCAGUUCAAACGAGUACGUUUAAGAGAAUCGAUUUAAGAGAAGCGUAUGAAAGGUGAAGGAAGUUGUAUUCUGACAAUCAAUAGCGUAACGAUAUUGCUGUUUUUUGUUUAUUGUAAUUUGUUAUUGCUACGAGUAUCAAAGAAAAAAAACUCGCAUGUCAAACAGCUGAAAACCAGUUAAGUAUCAUUUUUUCCAAAAUUGUACACAAAAGUGUUAUAAUUUUUAUGAAAAAAUUUGUUAUUAAUAUAUUGUUUUAUUAACAUAUCUUGAUACAAAAUUUUUUAUUUUAAUUCUAAUUUGGAUAUUUACAUUGUUAAAAUAACAGUUAUAAAUUUUAAAUAUUUAAAAGUAUAUAUACAAGUUUUCUUUUUGUUUGCCAAGCGAGAUGUAAAUCUUAUACAAAAGGGUAUAUACAUAUCAACUAUAUUUAACAUAAUUACAAAUCAAUGUUUCUCUCGCCUGCCUCUAUAUUUUUAUUCUACAUUUAUACCAAUAGCAACACAAUGAUCAGAUAAUUUGGAACCGAGAUUCCGUUGACCCACGCAUUACAAAGAAAAAAGAAAGAGGCAAUCUUACAAAAGAAAAAGUUAUAUACAUGUAUUAUAUAUAUACAUAAGUGUAUAUAUAUAGGUAUAUAUACAUAUAUAUAUAUAUCUAUAUAUACACCUAUCUAUUUUUAGCUUUACGUUUAUUAAGAGACUUUUAGAUGCAUUUCUGCAUCAAUAAAACUAAUCGUUCCCACUGUGCAAAGGGCACACGAUCUUUUCGAGCUCAAAUAUGAAAAUCAUGGCGUGCAGACCACGCGUUUCUAAUCAAAUAUAUGCGAGAAGGAAGGCUCUUUCUCAAAGUGUCGUCUUUCGAAAAGACGGCGAGCAAAGAGCCAGGACAGCGCUAUUCACAUUUGUAUUCUUUAAAUUUAAAAAAAGUGUCCCUUAAGGUCGUGCCAUACGCGAAUUAGAACAACGCGUAUAGGCAUUCCAAUCUCUACCAGGGUUUAUUCUCAAAAGAAAGCAUGAUAUGGCGGCUAUUGAAAGGAUAAAACUUAUCUAUAUUCUCCUUUCGCAAAGUCUACGUUCCUCGAAGACGACAUGCGACCAGUUAAUUAAUUGUAAAUAUCGAGAGCUCGUUACUUUUAUCGAAUUGUAGCUACCGUUAAAAGUCGAUUCGACUAUAAUAACUCUGGGUGAUCCGCAGAUCACAUGUCUGUCUUAUGUCUCCAAGAAAUUGUCAUGAUUUAUACAUGCUGUUCUAAUCUCUCAACAUUCGAUACUAUUGUAUCAUUUCUAUAGGGGCGCAUAGAAAAAUUAUAUAAAUAUUAAAAGUAUCAAAAAGAAAUUACCUUUUAAUUUGCACAAUUGAUUGGUCCUCAAAAUGUUUUGCAAAAUUAAAUUAAUUAACAUAGUCGAUUUUGCAUAAAAAUUUUCCGACUGUUUGAUGACAAGUUGAUGACUAUUUGAAUUAAUUGUGUGCAUUGAAAAAAGAGUUUAAUGAUUACAAUCAAUCUUUGAUGAAAUAAUUUUAAUUAUAUGUUUUGUUAAUAUAUCCAAAUGUUGUACUAAAUGUAGUAAUAUUUAAUAAUUAUAUUAAUAAUAGUAAUCGAAACGUAAUAAUAGUAAUAAAACUUAUUAAAUGCUUUGAAAUUUAGUUAUAUUAACUAAACAUUUAAUUGAAUUUAAUUCACCAAAGUAACUCUAUCAUUUAGAGUUAUUUUUAUUAUUAUAUAAACGUAAUAUUUUUUAUUAUUAUAUAAACUCCUUUUUAGUAUAAAUUGCAAAAAUCAUCAAUAUUUUAACCGCAUAUUACGCAGUAAUGUUACACGUUCGUCAUAGCGGUAAAAAUGAUUUCAGAAUAUGUAGAUUCUUUUAAUAACAAUGCAUCUAAUGAGAACACAAAUAUAAUUGAAAAUUUAAAAGUAUAGUAGAAAAAA